AAUCAUUGAUGACGUUUUCUGCAGUUUCUUUUUUUUUUUUUUGGUACCCCUGUCCCCUCUGUCCUCUCGUUUCUCCGGCUGUGACGAAGCCUGGUCGGGGUGGGGGCCGCUCCUCCACCUCAGCAGGAUGACGGAUGUUCAUCCACUGACAGCAGUGCUGGAGGGACACGGGAAGUAUUGGCUGGAACAAUACCGUCACAUACUGUAGGGGUUUCCCAGCUGAACACAGGACCCCACCAUUACCCUGCCAUGCGGGGGACAGCGGAGGGAAGACGACCACAGUUGACAUAAUUGCUCCUAAACAUAUCGCCAGAUCGGAAGUAUUUUAAGUGUAUGACUCACGAGUUAAUUUUAGCUCACCGCUGCUGUUUUGGAUUAUCUUAGUUUUGUCCGAACACCCCUGCAAACCGCGGAACGUGGAUGGUUCCUAAAAUGGCGGCGGUUUCUGUCAGUGUGUAGUGAAACUUUCUUCCUUUUUUGCGAAUAUUUAGCGCUUUUCUGACCCGCAGUGUCGACUGCGGUCGUGUGUUUGAUAAAGUAACAUUUAUCGGGACACCGAUGCGUGUGGCAGCGGUGGUUAGGGACGAGCGGCGUCACUCUGGGCUCCCUUUUUGGUCGUCAAAAUCGCUGGGCUUCCCUCGAAGUUGACGGCGGCCGAGUGCCUGACAUUGCGAUCAUACCGACUGUUGUUGUAAUCAGAUCGCUCAACGCGGAAACCGUCAGCUGAGACCAGACGUCGCAGAGUAGCUAGCUAGUUUGUCGAAUCGUCGGGCCGAGUGAGGGCAGGUCGGAGAGAUCCUGAGGCCGUGUCACGUCAGCUGUGAGUGGAAACAGAGGUGGUGUUGGAUGUCACCACGGCGCAGUGUCAGGCGGGAUUUGGUUUGCUAGCAUCAUCCAUCCUGCCAAAAUCAAAUGGAGAAGCUCCAGGACCUUAGCCAAUCAGAGCUACAGGAGCUCCUGGACAACCCGGAGAGGGUGGAGUCUAUGGCUCUAGAGUCUGACGAGAUCCAGAACAUCCAGCUGGAGAGAGAGAUGGCGCUGGCAUCCAAUCGCAGCCUGGCAGAGCAGAACCUGGACAUGAAGCCUCGUCUGGAGUCACAGAGGGAGAUGCUGGUGGAGAGAUACUCUCAACUAGAGGCCGUCAGAGAAACCUACAGACAACACUGCUCCAUCAGAGAUGGGAUGGUGGGUCAGGUGUCUCCAGAGGCCUUGUUCUCCAGACUACAGGCAGAGGGCAGCAAAACGGAGGCAGAGUCAGAGGCUCUAGCUGAUGAGUUUCUGGAGGGCUCUCUGUCGUUGGACUCCUUCCUCGACCGCUUCCUCUCGCUGCGCUCCCUUGCUCACAAAAGACGAGUCCGGAUAGAGAAACUCCAGGAGAUCCUGCGACAGAGGAGCGAGGGCAAUCUCACCGCCAUGACAUCAUCAGCAGGCAUCAGCCAGGAUCCUGCUGCCACGCCAUCACCGUGGAAUCAACAGACGACAACAACGACAACAAAUCAGCAGCAGCUGAACUCCAAACCUCAGUCCUCUUCUUACCAAAACGCCUCUCAGCCAGCCUCCUUGUCUGCUGGAUUACCCUACAGCCCCUACCCCAUCACCACGCCCAACCCCCCCCCUGCAGCAGCGGCAGCAGGCUCCAGCCCGGCCAUCCCUCCCUACCCAGGUUCCGGCUCGCCCUUCACCCCAGCUGGGAGCUACCCUGGCCCCAGGCCCGCUUUCGGGCCUCCGGCUUCAGCCGCCUGCCCUUACCCAACCCAGCCUUCCUUUCCAGCCCCACACCCGGGCUCAGCAUUUGGCCAGUACACCCCCAGCCAACCCCAGAGUGGCCCUGCGCCCUACCCGGCCUCCUACAGCUACGGUGGCUACAGCUACCCCGCUGGGCCCCCCUUUUCCUCUUCUCAGUCACCGACGGGGAGACCCGUCUACAGACCAGGAUAUGGAGUCCCACAGCCAUACUCCUGAAAGCACUACUGCUCCUAUGUCUAACUUCUUCUUCUCAAUUCUUCCUUGCUGUCUCACCCUCCCCCCUUCCUCCCUCCCUGACCUCCCUCUCUCUCCUCACCCUGACUCCUUGUCCUCCUCUUGUCUUUGUACCUUUUCUACCCCCCCCAUCUCCCAGAUUCAAGAGGUGUCUCGCUUUACUUAUAUUUGUUGCACUAUUUGUCUCUCUCUCUAAAUAUCAGUCUGUCGAUCUUUUUCUCUUUCCUUUUCCCUUCCUCCAUCACCCUGCGACCCACCCCGCCCCACACUAGUCUCAGGUUGUUGCGUUGUUUUUAAAUGUUCACACUUGUAUCUGGCCGUUCAUACACUCACCCUCCUCCCUCUGUCCAUCGCUCCCUCCCACCCUCCUCUUCUGCCAUUUCGUGUGUGUGUAUGUGUGUGUG